AUGACGGGACGUACGUCACCCAAGAUUAAACUCUUUCUGUGGAAGAUAACUCAAGGAGCACUCCCGACAGGAGCCAAUCUACAGCAACGGGGACUUCUGCAACAUACUACAUGCGUGAGAUGCGGAGAAGUAGAAACCGAGUCCCAUUUAUUCCUCCACUGUGAGUAUGCAGAAAAAAUUUGGUCUGCCUCCUUGUUUAAAGACCAGGUUACCCCUUCUACCUGCUCUGAAUUCUUAGAAGCUCUCAAGCUUGGAAAGAUAGCAACUUGUCUCCCACCUGUGGGGGUGGUUUCAGAUGUGUUUCCAUGGAUAUGCUGGUUUAUAUGGCUAGCAAGAAACCAACUGAUCUUUGAAAAAAGAUUCAUCAAACCAGAGGAAUCACUAGCCAAAGCCAUAGGAGCCGCACGUGAAUGGAACUUGGCCCAGCCCCCACCAAAAGCUCAACCCCAGCGCACUAACAGCCGCAUGAUCACUCCCGAUCUGGAUGAUCUAAUCGUAUGUUACUCAGAUGCAGCCUGGAAAAAGGAGUCCAACAUCGCUGCCUUCGGAUGUAUCUUCAAGGACAAGCGGGGAUCGACAGUAUCCGAGACCUCCUGCGUGGAAAAAAACGUGCCAUCACCAUUGGUAGCUGAAGCUUUGGCACUACGAUGCGCCCUCCUCACUGCUAUCUCCCUAGACUUUUCAAAAAUCUGUUUCAAAACAGAUUGCCAGACGCUCAUUACAGCGCUCACCUCGACUGCUCCUCCGGCGGAUCUCUACGGGAUCAAUCAUCGACGACAUCGACCAUCUAUCUUCACUCUUUGUUUCUGUAUCUUUCAAAUUCCUAGCUAG